CCUAUUCAGACCUUAGGACUCCAGGCUACAUCAUCUCCAGUACUCCAUAUCCUGACUUGAUGGCAUGAUGCCAAGCACUACAUGAGUAUGGAUACAUAAGAUACUUCUCUUGAGUAUUCCAUGAUGUUGUGCGACCGCAGCGCUGGGCUUUUUUUUUUCACAUGGACCAACCUAUUUAUUUAUUCUUCAUCCCAUUGACAAGCGCAAGGCGUUACGGAACAGGCCCCUUCCAAAGGACGUUAUCAUCAGCGCCACAACCGCGACAUGGUCGGAUUGUCCUUACAUCCGGUGAUGUUCGAUCAGUGAAAACUGCCACUGCCAACAACAGAAGCAUCCUUGUUUAUCAGGUUGGUCGCCGACCGCAGUGGAACUGGGGAGCGCCCCGGAGCAUAUCAUGGCUCGCUCGCUCCCCUGCUGCUGUUGUCUGCCUUCCUGUCUUUAGACUUGGAGCUACCAGCCCACGAAUUCUCGUUCGAGAGCUCGGUAGUGCUCUGCCACUGUGCUAUUGGCGACUCUUCCUACAGUGUCUCAACUACCCUUAUGUCGGGUACUUGUUGCUGCAUGCAUCACAGAUGGCGUGGUUCCCAGGAUCCAUGAACGGAAUGUGGUGUGCGACUCUAACUCGUCUGAGUACUGCGUGUCGUGUGAGGCUGAUGUAUAGCCCUGGUGUUUCCGGCUGCUCUACUUGAGGGAGGGUUGGGGUGGGGGUAUGUAAUCAAGCCAGAUUCGAUGAUUUGUGCCCGCCCUCGGGCUAGUUCUUGGAAUUUAGCAAAGCCUCAAGGCGAGAGGAUGAGGAUUUGUUGGGUAGCAUUGUCCUGAAGCGGAGCCGUGGCGAUGUUGGUGAUGGUUGGCUGUUGAGACAAUCUGCUCAAAAGGCGAAAUGGAGUACCUAGUAGUUAGGUAAGUAGGUA